AUGUCAGGGGCAGAGCAGUACUCUCUGCAAGGGCGCAUCUUGCUAGCCCUCUUCUUCUUGAUCGGCACGUUCACGUUACUCUCGAGAGCGGCCGCGUUCCCGGACUGGACUGACUGUCCAGCAGUAUGCCGUUGCAAGUGGACAUCCGGUAAAAAGUCUGCCUUAUGCCCUGACGCCGGCCUAACCUCGCUCCCGGCCUCGUUGGACCCGGACAUGCAGGUCCUCGACUUGUCCGGGAACAAGAUACCUGCAUUGCAGUCGGAGAUCUUCAAGCGUUCCGGUCUGCUGAAUCUCCAAAGGGUCUUCUUGAGGAACGCUGGUAUCCAUAAGAUCCACGCGGACUCGUUCAGGGACAUGAGGAUCCUGGUGGAGAUCGACCUAUCGGAUAAUCACGUGGAGAUGCUGGAACCAGAUACUUUUCUAGGCAACGAAAGACUGAGGAUCUUAAUCUUAAGCGGGAAUCCUUUGGGUAAUCUGAGGAGUCACCAGUUUCCGGUCUUGCAGCACCUGAGGAACCUGGAGUUGCAGAGGUGUACGUUGUCCGGGAUUCACGGCGAGGCGUUCGUUCACCUGUCCGGCCUAGAGUCGUUGAGGUUAGACCAAAACCGGCUGGAGUACCUGGAGGUGUCGGUGAUAUCGAACCUGCCACGUCUGAAGACCUUAACGCUGGAUGAGAACCAGUGGAGCUGCGACUGUCGACUUCGAGAUUUCCGGACCUGGCUGAUCCCCAAUGGACCCAGCAAACUAUACUCUGUGCCUCAAGUGUGUUCGUCACCGCCGAGGCUCGAGGGCCGCAAGUGGGAGGACGUGAAACCGGUGGAAUUCGCCUGUGAACCCGAAGUGUUCGUGCUGGCUAGCAGCAUUCAGGAAGAGACGAAUGGGAAUCUGAGUCUGGCCUGUCUAGCGACGGGGGAUCCAGAGCCCGAGGUAUGGUGGCAACUGAACGGAGGCCCAGUGAACGCGACCAAAUUAACAGAACAAGCUUACUUGGGAACCUACGUUGCCUAUGCGUCGUCCGACGUUGGCAUGAGCUACAACGAACGACUCUCGUCGCCCAAUAAACUCACCGAUAGGUGGAACAACUUGACUGUCUACAACGCCAGUGAUGGUGAUGCCGGCGAGUAUUCUUGCUUCGCCAAAAAUAUCGCUGGUCUGGCAAGGGAUACCGUCAGUGUAGCGAUUUCGCGGGUGUACACGGCGCCUACACUCUCUCAGAGCGAUAACUGGUUGCUCUGGGUGAGCCUGGCCGGUGGUGGAGCAGCUGCGUUGUGUGCUUCCAUUUCUGCGGUUUUACUGGCCCUGUGCGUGUGUGGUGGGACUCGGCGACAGAGUGCUCGCGAGAAAGUGAAGCUGCAGAGCAGUACCAGUUUCGGUGACCAGGAGAAAAAGCUUCUAGACCUGUCCGUGACGACCACCACUCCUGGAAACAGCAACGACAGAGGCAGUGGUCACGGUAGUAUAAUGGAGGCUUGCAGCACGGGUGACCUGGAACUGGCUGAAAGAGGGUCUAUAUGUGAUCCCAUGAGCGCGGCCACUGUUACCGUAGAGAGACUGCGACCCGAGAUGAGCAGUGGCUCCGUGAGCACUAUGAGAACCGUACCGUGCGCCGCCAUGUUUCCGCCACCGCCGCCAGAGUUCACUAGCGGCGUCCUGCCAGCCGGCAUCUUUGGGAAUAUCUUCAUUUCUGUGUCGAUGCCACAGGAUUCCUCCGAUCGUUGUUAUCCCGAUCUUCUGGACAUUCCCGUUCACGGCACCAGCGGUGUGGUGAACAAAACGACUUCGGCCCUUCCGGCUGCCAGCAGCGUGUCUAGUUUCGCGACUCUGCCGCGACGAGCGCUGCGAUCCAGCGACCUCUGUUCGCCUUACGACAAUAUGGGGCCCCGUGUCACGGCCAACGGGAGUUCCGCGUUCUCGCUGACGGACGUGGACCUGCGAUUAUCGCCACCCCCGCCACCGCGAAUCAUACAACCGCCGCACGAGUUCGUAUCCCUGUGAGGGACGUCCCCAUGCGGCCGGCUUUCGAGCAAAUAGUCGGUAUACUUGUUCAAAGCUCGUCCGUCGCUUUCUUCCCCUCAAAAACAUACCACCAUCAUGUUCAGUCACGCGUCCUCUUCCCCUCGAUCUCGUUCGUUGUGUUUGUCGUCGAUAGUAUUCCAC